GUGGCCAGUUUUGAUUGGAUGAAAUUAAGAGAAUGUCGGCUGCUAGUCAACAUGUGUAGGUUCGCUGUGUUUGCAGUCACCAAAUGGGUGUCUUAAUACUUACGUGAGCAUUUGGACUGUGGAUAAAGGCUCUCGAGGCUCGGGCAAACGUGUAGUAAUCAUUAUAAGUUCAUAAUAUUCCAUUACCACGCUCCGAGCCGUUUAGAUACAGCGCUUAGAAGCAGGUGCCCGUUCGCAGAUAAGGACGUUUUGCUCGGUUCUGGAAUUAUCGUCUCGGGUAACGCAAACAAGACCUCGUCGAACAACAAAUACUGUGCAUUUUUUUAAACAGGAAUCGUAGCAGUGAUAUUUUCCAUGUUGUUUCUUUGAUUAUCUAUUCAAAAUCACCCCCAAGUCGACAGGCACUAACUCCCCCAAAAUGCAUGGAGACAUAAGGAAGGAGACAAGCUUAGUCGGGUGCGUGUCAGUGAAGAAUGCUUUGGUUGUUGUGUUUGUGUUCAUAUUACUGUUAGGGAUGCCUGUUCUUGUCCAAGCUAAACAGAAGAAGACGCCUGACUGUUCCACAUGCAAAGGUUUAGUCAGCAGUUUUGAGGAGGGACUGAAAAAGACUGCAAAAUCAAAUUAUGGAGGUGGUAAUACAAAUUGGGAAGAAAAAUCUCUGGGAAGUUAUGCCAAGAGUGAGGUGCGCCUUGUGGAAAUCAUGGAGGAUCAUUUAUGCAAGGGAGGUGCAAAAGAGUGUCACUCAAUGCUAGAAGAAUUUGAAGAUCGGAUUGAAGCCUUCUGGUUCAAAGAAUUUGCUAAAAAGGACAAUUAUGAUUUCCACCAAUGGCUUUGCAUUGAUAGUAUCAAAGCAUGCUGUCCAGAGAACACGUUUGGCCCUGAGUGUAAGCCGUGUCCGGGAGAUCCCAACCGACCCUGUACAGGAACUGGCAACUGUGACGGUGAAGGAACCAGAGGAGGAUCAGGGGAAUGCCGUUGCCAUGCUGGUUACCGUGGUGACAUGUGUGACGAGUGCUUGGAUGGAUAUUUUGAACAACAUAAAAAUGAAACACACAUAGUUUGUAGAUCAUGUCACAUAUCAUGCAAGGGUACCUGCUGGGAAGAUGGCCCCAAGGGCUGUGAUGAGUGCAAGUCAGGCUGGCUUCACACAGAGGAACAUGGCUGUAAAGAUGUGGAUGAGUGCAGUACCGACACGCAACCUUGCGAUGAGGAUCAGUAUUGUAUCAACACUGAGGGAUCUCACUCGUGUCUGUCGUGUGACAUAUCGUGUGAGGGCUGUACGGGGUCAGGGGACGCCAAGUGUAACGCCUGCAGCGAGGGCUUCUUUCAGGAGGGAAACAAAUGCAAGGAUGUGGAUGAGUGUGCCGCGGAAGGCAUCCGGUGUAUUGGGAUCAAGGAGGAGUGUGUGAACGAGCCGGGGACCUUCAGCUGUCAGUGUCGGGAGGGCUACCACAGGAACUCCGACGAGAGAUGUGUCAAGAAGCCCAAAGACAUCCCCAAAUCGAAUCAUCCUCCACACGCAAGCAUGGAUAAGAAGAAAGCCAAGAAGCAAAAGACAUACAAAAAUAAAAAUGCCCCCAACCUUCUGACUUUCAUUGCUAUAUUGGCAGGAUUUGGCAUUUGUUUGAAAUUUUCUCGAGGCAAAAUGAUCAUCAUAGUGCCAUUGACUGUCCUGAUAUCCUACUUUGUAUACUGGUAUGCGUCAUUUUACUGAUGACAAGACCAGGGGUCUUCAGCCAGGAUGUUGCCCAGACUGACAUCCCAAGCAAAGGAUAUUUUCCUAAAACAAGUCUUCGAUGACUGUUUGUAAAUUUCAACAUUUUCAUUUUUGCAUCAGUAUACAUUAUCUCUAUCUAUAAUAAUGAAAAUGUUUCUGUAAAGAAUUGAACAGCACGUACAGCAAUAAAUGUGUUAUGACUGACAUGUAAAUGAUCAAAUUGUCAAAUCAUUGUUUUUAUAUACCCUGUUGACAGAGGAUGUGAAGCUGGUGUACAAGGUCUAUGUAUAUAUGAUUGUACUUUAACUUAUGUCGUAGAUGUAGAGUGCAUUGUAUUUAUUUUUGUGGAUGCAGUUUGAUAUUUUUGCCACCUUGUCUGUCUCGUGGUUUAUCCUUCCUCAGUCUCAGUGUCUUUGCCUCCGAGGCCUUGUGACAGUUGUUUUUAAGUUCACUCAAUUAUGUAGACCCAGUGUUUCUCCGUUUGUUUUGUCCCUGCAUGGCUUAUACUAGCUAUUGGUGAAAUAUAUUCAGCAUGUCAUAGACAUAGUUACCUCCCCUUGUCAUGUUUCCAUGAUAACAACAGGAUUAUUUGUUUCUGGAAUUGUCUUAAACAUCUAAAUGACCUUUCUUGGUUCAUGGUAGUGAUUUUGUUAAAGACAAAUGGCAUAAGGACAUUUUCAAGAUUUUAGCAAAUUGUGAAAGGUCAUUCUGCCAUACCACUGAAAAAUAUCUUCUGGACAUUUUGGAUGACAAUCAGUCAGUCCUAGAAAAUGCAUGGAAUAGAUAUGCAGAAGUUUGAAAGAUCAACACACAGACAAAGGAUACCCACUACCAUUCUUAAAAAUAUAUUGGUUUGGCCCUACCCUGCCUGGUAGUGAGACCCGUGGAGAUUCCUGGUUACAUUUGGUCCUCAGCAACCUAAGCUCGGAUCAGAUUUAUUGACUUGAGUGUAAUGGUACCCUGUGGAUUGUGCUCAUAAUAUCAAUCAUGAGAUUGUUUGGUCCAGAAUUGGUUGUUAAGGCUUCCAUCAUAUAGCUGGAAUGUUCCGGAGUACAGCAUUCAACAACAAACAAAUAGAACUGGGUAGGCGAAUUACCGAUCCUUUUGGGAGAUCAGCUUAUUUUUAAUGUCCUCUCUUAGAAAAAGAUGUGGUCCCAGUGUAAAAUACCCUUUAUCUAGUUACUUUUGAUAAUUGAUAAAGAACAUAACACAGGUCGCAAAGAUCAUCAUAAUCAGUCACAUUUGUUGAUUGAUUUGAUUUCCUGUGUUAAAAAGUGUGAAUAUUGUCAGAUAUUUUUGGUAGUUAACCAGUUCACUUUUGGUCAGUACAGUCAUAAAUUAAUUUGAAUGAAGCCUGUUUUUAUCUGAUCCUCAGCUACCGGCAUGGUGACCUGAGCAGAGGUCAAGUGGCCAAUAUUUUCUGCUGCUUAUACAAAAUGUAAUGGUCUAUGAUACUUUGUGAUAAUUUGCCAAAUUCAUCUGCGCUGAGCUGUCACAAUCAGGGAAUUUUGUUUGCGUUUGAGUAACGGUGCAUGUGUGUUCUGUAGUUCUAGCAUGUUCUGCUGACUUGGCUUUUUGUUGUCAUGGUUACCGUUAGUCCAGCGGUUUUGUACAUACGAAGUCACUGAUUCCCCUCAUCUGUAUAUGCAACUUCAUUGGAACUCACCCAUCAUGUUUACACCGCCAUUGGCAUCAUGUAUUUAUUUUACACUUUCAACCGGUGUUCGAUCAUAGCUAUGUACUGGUGGAAACGAAUAAGGGAACAAUGAAAAUAUUGGGAAAUAGCUUUACUGUCAGUACAUUUGAAAUAGCAUGCACACAUUCAACACGUCAGAAUCAAAUGUUGAGAUGUGUUUGUGUGCAUUGUUUCCAAUGGGUAUUUGGUAGACAAGCCUGGGAAGCCGUGAUAGCAUGUCAUUUUACUGUGGCAGAGCGUAUCUCGAUGCACCAACAUUCUGAGGUCAGGUAGCCUAGUGGUAAAAGUGUUCGCUCUUCACGCCGAAGACCCGGGUUCGAUUCCCCACAUUGGUACAAUGUGUGAAGCCCAUUUCUGGUGUCCCCUGCCGUAAUAUUGCUGGAAUAUUGCUAAAAGGGGCAAAAACCAUACUCACUCACUCAAAGCAAGGGUGUCUUCAAGCUGACAUGGAAUAAGGGAACACUCUGUCACAGACACUGUAACAUGAUAUGCCAUCAUGGGUUCCCAGCCUUGUCUACCAAAUACGCACACAGACACAUCUCAACAUUUGAUUCUGACGUGGUGAAUGUGUGCUUUCUGUACUGACAGUAAAGCUUAUUGGCCUUAAUUGUUUCUUGUUCCCUUAUUCAUUUCCAUCAGUAUAUAACAGAAAAUAGUAUGUGCAGCAAGUCAACGUUAUGCUUUUAUUUAGGGGGGCAUGGGUGGCCCAGUCGUCUAAGGCGCCGCGAUUCGCUGUGCAGAGUUGCCUCCCUUGGGCACGCCACAAACCUAUGAUUGUGGGUUCG